AUGGGAGCUGACAUCCGCCACAACAAGGACCGGAAGGGGCGAUGCAAGGAGCCCAAGAGCCAGGACAUCUACCUAAGGCUGUUGGCCAAGCUGUACAGGUUUCUGGCCAGACAAACUAACUCCACCUUCAAUCAACUUGUACUAAAGAGGUUGUUCAUGGGUCGCACCAACCGGCCACCUCUGUCCCUUUCCCAGAUGAUCUGGAAAAUGAAGCUUCCUGGCCAGAAAGGCAAAACAGCUAUGGUCGUGGGAACUAAAACCGAUGAUGUGUGUGUCCAGGAGGUGCCCAAACUGAAGGUAUGUGCCCUUCGGGUGAGCAGCAGUGCCCGGAGCCGCAUCCUCAAGGCCGGGGGCAAGAUCCUCACCUUCGACCAGCUGGCCCUGGACUCCCCCAAGGGCUGUGGCACUGCCCUCCUCUUUGGUCCUCGCAAGGGCCGAGAGGUGUACAGGCAUUUUGGCAAGGCCCCAGGAACGCCGCAAAGCCACACCAAACCCGAUGUACGCUCCAAGAGCCGGAAGUUCGAGUGUGCCAGAGGCCGACGGGCCAGCCGUGGCUACAAAAACUAA